AGGACAAGUUUCUAGUGCUCACAGCAGUCCACAGAAAGUUCUGAGAAGAGCGUGCAGAUAUAGUUGUGUGUCACUUAACGACAGAGAUGCGUUCUGAGGACUGCGUUAUUAGGGGUUUCUGUCACUGUGUGACCAUCUCAGAGUUAUUUACACAAGCACUUUGGAAACCCUGGGAAUCUAACAUGUGAGAUUAAAGUGACCUAAGCAGGGUGCAGCAAGACCCUGGAGGCCUCUCCUGAGGGAAAGAGGAUCCCCAAGCCAAGUCCUGUGAUGAGUAUGAAUGUUCUAAGACGGAAAGUCUUCAGGUUUGGUCUGGAAUCAGUGAACUAGGAAGCAGAAAGACCAAGAUGAGGCAAAGAAGGUCAGGGAAUUAAGUAACUUCGUGAAACUAUAAGUGACCCCAGUAUUUAAGUUAAAACUUGCUUUCACACCAAUAAAAAUGAGAUGAUCUGCAAAUGUUAAACGCAAUACCAUGCAAGCAAUGAAAUCCCUCUUCCACCUAACGCUCAGUGUUGUGAGAUCACAGCCUGUCUCCUACAGGAUACAUCUUACUGCAGCGAAGUUAUGCAAGGUGUGUAGAGAUAUUCGGAAGUGAGUCUAUGUUAGAAAUGAACAAAUGAAGAAUUGGUCCUGGCAUGUUUUCUGGAAGUAAACUUUUUCCUUUAUGGUCAGCUAAAUCCAGAUGAGAUUCUGCCAAUGAAAAGGGGACGAGAAGAACACUGCCGCACAGUCCUCUUCUGGAUCCAGAGGGAGGGAGAGGUGGUGGCAGCAGGCAGACGCUGAUCUACAUAUAAUUCAAACCUCACUGGGGACGCGCUGUUCAGAGGGGCCAGGGCCCCAUGGGCACAGGUCUGUACCACAGUGCGCUGGAGGGCACCGCGUGGAGCAGACGGAUCCCACGUCCUACUGGCGAUGUCAGUGGAUAGAUGUUCCCCAGCUUGCCUUUCGAACAAUCAACCAUGACGACUGAAUCUGGAUCAGACUCAGAAUCCAAGCCGGAGCAGGAGGCCGCGCCCCAGGAGGCGGCAGGGGCCCAGGGGCCUGCGGAGGCGCAGGGCGUGGAGCCCCAGGCACUGGAGCAGUUCGAGGGCGCUGCAGCACACAGCACCCCGGUGCACAGGGAGGUCACCGACAAGGAGCAGGAGUUUGCUGCUGCAGCUGCGAAACAGCUCGAGUAUCAGCAGUUUGAAGACGAUAAACUUUCUCAGAAGUCAUCCAGCAGUAAACUCUCCCGCUCUCCAUUAAAGAUCGUCAAAAAGCCCAAAAGUAUGCAGUGCAAGGUGGUCCUUCUGGACGGCUCGGAGUACACCUGUGACGUGGAGAAACGCUCCAGAGGGCAAGUGCUGUUCGACAAAGUGUGCGAGCACCUGAACCUGCUGGAGAAGGACUACUUCGGCCUCACCUAUCGCGACGCCGAGAACCAGAAGAAUUGGCUGGACCCUGCUAAGGAAAUUAAAAAACAGAUCCGAAGCGGUGCUUGGCACUUUUCAUUCAACGUGAAAUUUUACCCACCAGACCCUUCCCAGCUCUCUGAAGAUAUAACCAGGUACUACCUCUGCCUACAACUGCGUGACGACAUCGUGUCCGGGCGGCUGCCCUGCUCCUUUGUGACCCUUGCCCUGCUGGGCUCCUACACAGUCCAGUCAGAGCUUGGAGACUAUGACCCGGACGAGUGUGGGAGUGAUUACAUCAGCGAGUUCCGCUUCGCCCCGAACCACACGAAGGAGCUGGAGGACAAGGUGAUCGAGCUGCACAAGAGCCACAGAGGAAUGACACCAGCGGAAGCAGAAAUGCAUUUCUUGGAAAACGCCAAAAAGCUCUCCAUGUAUGGGGUAGAUUUACAUCAUGCCAAGGAUUCAGAAGGAGUAGAAAUCAUGUUAGGAGUUUGUGCGAGUGGCCUAUUGAUAUAUCGUGACCGACUGCGAAUAAACAGAUUUGCUUGGCCCAAGGUUCUAAAGAUUUCGUACAAAAGAAACAAUUUUUACAUUAAGAUUCGGCCGGGGGAGUUUGAACAAUUUGAAAGCACCAUUGGGUUUAAGCUGCCAAACCACCGAGCUGCUAAGCGUUUGUGGAAGGUGUGUGUUGAGCACCACACGUUUUUCAGACUGUUAUUGCCAGAAGCACCGCCAAAGAAAUUCCUCACCUUGGGUUCCAAGUUCCGGUACAGCGGCCGGACGCAAGCGCAGACCAGGAGGGCCAGCGCGCUGAUAGACCGCCCCGCACCUUACUUUGAGCGCUCGUCCAGCAAGCGCUACACCAUGUCGCGCAGCUUGGAUGGAGCAUCAGUGAAUGAAAACCAUGAAAUAUACAUGAAGGAUUCUAUGUCUGCUGCAGAGGUUGGUACUGGCCAGUACGCCACCACAAAGGGCAUCUCUCAGACCAACUUGAUCACCACUGUGACUCCGGAGAAAAAGGCCGAGGAGGAGCACGACGAGGAGGAGGACAGACGGAGGAAGGCCGAGGAGGCCACGCCCGUCUCCGCGAUCCGGCACGAGGGAAAGCCCCCCGGGCUUGGCACUGACUCACGCCCCUUGUCCCCCCCGGCAGCCCAUUGCGACCCCUCAUCUCCCCCAGAGCUCCGGAGGAGGUGUACGGAGAAGGAGCACAAAGCGCCAGGCUGCGAGGCGCCCCGAGCAGAGCCCGCGCCCGACGAGCCCGCGGCGGACGCCCAGGGCCAAGUGAAGGCGUGCCCGGGCGACCCGGACGUGCUCUUCCGCUGCAGGCGGCCGGCCAGCAGGGGCGCCACCCUGUUCUCCUUCUCCUUGCAGCUCCCGGAGGGCUUCCCGUCGCUGCUCGAUGACGACGGGUACCUCUCUUUCCCCAGCCUGUCCGAGACCAAUCUCCUGCCCCAGAGCCUGCAGCAUUACCUCCCGAUCCGCUCGCCCUCCCUCGUGCCCUGCUUCCUCUUCAUCUUCUCCUUCCUGCUGUCCGCCUCCUUCUCAGUGCCCUACGCCCUCACGCUCUCCUUCCCUCUGGCUCUGUGCCUCUGCUACCUGGAGCCCAAGGCGGCCUCCUUGAGCGCCUCCCUAGACAAUGACCCGAGUGACAGUUCAGAGGAAGAGACAGACAGUGAGCGCACGGACACCGCAGCCGAUGGGGAGACUACCGCCACCGAGUCGGACCAGGAGGAAGAUGCGGAGCUCAAGGCACAGGAGCUAGACAAAACUCAAGAUGAACUGAUGAAACAUCAGACCAACAUUAGUGAGCUGAAAAGAACAUUUUUAGAAACCUCCACAGAGACGGCCGUAACGAAUGAGUGGGAGAAGAGGCUUUCUACCUCCCCGGUGCGGCUGGCGGCCCGGCAGGAGGACGCACCCAUGAUCGAGCCCCUUGUGCCUGAGGAGACCAAAGAAGAAAGAGAGAUUUCUGAAAAAGUUAUAUUUUUGCAGCAAGGAAGUUCUGCAUUCCUUGAGUCUCAGCCGAGUGUUACAAAGAAAAUACAAGAAGGAGACUCUGCUGGGUCUGUGGCUACUUCUCAUCAAAUAAUUUUCCAGAAAACUGUCCCAUCGGCACUAGAGACCAAGCAGUCUUCUGGAGAAAAGCUCAUGGAUGGCUCUGAGAUCUUCAGUUUACUAGAGUCAGCGCGCAAGCCUACAGAAUUCAUAGGCGGGGUGACUUCCACUUCGCAGAGCUGGGUGCAGAAGGUGGAAACCAAGACCGAGUCCAGCGAAGCAGAGGUGGAGAAGACCCCGCAGCACCCGCAGCUCAGCACGGAUAAGCUGGUGCAGGAGACCGUGUUGGUGGAGGAGCGGCGCGUGGUGAAUGUGCAUGCGAGCGGGGAUGCUCCUCACACAGCGGGGGGUGAUGAUGUGGAGACUGCAGCACAGCCCUCUCCCCGCGAAGCUUCUGGCGCAAAGGGGAAGGAGGGCUCUGCUCUGGCUGAGGUGGCAAAAGAAGAGAGAGAGAAAGAGGCUGAUAAACCUGUCCUAGGACAGGAAGAGGCAGCCACUGCCUCCCACAAGCCAGAGGAGGGACCAGGAGCAGCCAUCCCCAUUUCUGAAACUUCAGAACAAAAGGCUCAUUUUGAGUCGUCAACCGUGAAGACGGAAACUGUCAGUUUCGGCAGUCUUUCACCAGGGGGCGGGAAACUAGACGCUUCUACCAAGGAAGUGCCAAUCGUUCACACAGAAACGAAAACCAUCACGUACGAAUCCUCACAGGUCGAUCCCGGGGCUGAUCUGGAGCCAGGCGUGCUGAUGAGUGCUCAGACGAUCACUUCGGAGACCACCAGCACCACCACUACCACACACAUCACCAAAACUGUGAAAGGAGGCAUUUCGGAGACCAGGAUCGAGAAAAGAAUAGUCAUCACAGGAGAUGCUGACAUUGACCAUGACCAGGCUCUGGCUCAGGCAAUUAAAGAGGCCAAAGAGCAGCACCCUGACAUGUCAGUGACCAAAGUAGUGGUCCAUAAAGAGACAGAGAUCACACCGGAAGAUGGAGAGGAUUGACGGAGGAAUAACUUAACUUGCACAUGAAUCCAGUAUUUGCAAUCCAUUAGGAAAACCAGAGCCUCUAAGGAGUCGCCUCUUCUGACCCAACUGACUUGUAUCUGUCCGUGGAAAAUUCCAAUCCAGAAGAACUGACCUUGACCGUUACGACACUGGCAGAGAGAUCGUCCCAUAAUAAAGCAAUCGGAAUCAGCAUCACUAAACUGAUAUUGCAUGAAGCAAGGAUAAAAUUACAAACGAGCAGCAUUUCUACUUUUCACAAAACGUCUCAGUUUUCAGCUGUACCUGCACGUUCACAACCAACAAUAUAAACAGUGGUCUCAUGUAACCCAUCAACAGUUCAUGCCUUUCAUAGUUUAUUAUUAUUAAAGUCUCAACAAAAUUGCAACUUCUUAGGCGACAGAUCUUUUGUUUACAGAUACAUGGAGAUUACCCUACAAUGCUAGAAGCUGUCUAGGUCUGGUGUGUCCAGUUUAUCCCAGAUUAGAUGUGCCAAUAACCAAGUCUUUUCAGUCAACAACUUGAAUCUCGUACUUGUUUCAUCUGGUUUUAUUAUUCUCACCCAUGAACAGUAACGACUCUCUGACCCUCUGGAAAUAUUUAAUGCUUACAAUCUUGCUUUGUGCAUCUAAUUUAAUCCGUUAAAAGGUAGUGCUGAUUUUAGCAUAUUAAUGUGAUUUCUUCCUUGUUGUUCGCUUUGGUCUGCGUUCCAUCUGGAAAGCUUCCCAGAGCUCCCUAACAAGUCCCAAAUGUGUAAAUUGUCAUCGUUUGGGAGAGAAAACCUGUGUUUUUGUUAGUUUACAAUAUUAUGAACUUUCACUCCCAGAAAACCCAGUGAGCUUCUGCUGCUGUGUUCUUUCUUUGUUUCUUUUUCUUGGUAUUUUUUUCAUUGAUUUUUUUCUUCUUUUUACUUGAAAAAAGAGUUUUAUUUCCAAAUCUGGUCCAUAUUUACAAUCUAGUUCAGAGCCAAGCCUUAAACUGUACAGACUUUCCACUGUAAUUAAAACUAUUUAGUGUUUAGUUAUAAAUAGCCUUCAGAAAGAUAUAUUCUCCAUUACACUGUCGACUGCAUUACACCCCGUGGUGAAUGAUGUUUCUGCAUAGCAAAAUAAAAAUGACAAAUGCAUCGAAAACUAA